AUUUGGCAUUUUCAUAUAGAAGAAACUUCAUUUGGCAUUCAAUCCAGGUUUGAUUAUUUUAGAGUCGUGAAGACUUGAAGCGAAGGCAAAAACAUGGCAGAAUCAAACACAACUGACGGAGGCCGCAUCGUUAAAAUGGAAGUGGAUUACAGUUCAACAUGCGACGAUAAAAUACCAAUCUGCAAAGCCUUGGCAGCAGAGGGGAAAAUCAACGAAGCCCUUGAAAUCCUCUACGCUCUUGAAAAACAAACCAGAACUGGAGCUGAUGCAAUUUCAACAGGCCGUAUCUUGGAAGCAAUUGUUCAAAUUUGUUUUGAAAGUAAGCAAUGGGACCUUCUCAAUGAAAAUAUCAUUAGCUUGACCAAAAGGAGGAGCCAGCUGAAAGCUUCUGUAACAAAAAUGGUUCAGCAAUGCUGUCAAUAUGUUGAUCAAACACCUACGAAGGAAAUAAAGAUUAAGCUUAUUGAUACACUUAGAACUGUAACCGCUGGAAAGAUCUAUGUUGAAGUGGAACGUGCCCGAUUGACCCAUAUUCUUGCUCAAAUGAAAGAGAAAGACGGUGAGGUCACUGAAGCGGCAGAUAUUCUCCAAGAACUUCAGGUGGAAACCUAUGGGUCUAUGGAAAAACGAGAAAAGGUCGAGCUCAUCUUGGAGCAAAUGAGACUCUGCCUGGCCAAGAAAGACUUUAUCCGCACGCAGAUCAUCUCGAAGAAGAUCAGUGUCAAGUUCUUUGAGGAGAAAGACACGCACGACCUCAAGCUGAAAUUUUACAAACUCAUGAUUGAUGUUGACCAACAUGAGGGGUCGUAUCUUUCCAUUUGCAAACAUUAUCGAGCGAUGUAUAACACCACAGUGAUCCAAGAGAAUGAAUCCGAUAGACGCAUGAUGAUGCAACAUGCCAUCCUUUACCUUUUGCUGAGUCCAUUUGAUAACGAACAAUCCGAUCUCACUCACCGAUUCCUGCAGGAGAAAGUUGUCGAUGAAAUUCCCAAAUACAAGGAACUUCUGCAAUUGUUUGUCGCUGCUGAACUAAUCCACUGGGGCACGCUUUGCCAACAGUACCAACAAGUACUUCGGGCGGGAGAAGCCUCCACCCCAGCAACGGACGUCUUUACUAUUGGUACUGAGGAAGGAGAGAAACGCUGGAAGGCUCUCAAGACACGUGUUGUGGAGUAUAAUAUCCGCAUCAUGGCCAAAUACUACACCCGUGUGACUAUGCAAAGGAUGGCUGCACUCCUUGACCUUUCUGUUGAGGAAACUGAAGAAUUUCUAUCCAAUUUGGUGUCCAGUAAGACUGUAACUGCCAAGGUUGACCGACUUGAUGGUGUUGUUCACUUCCAGACGUCACAAACGCAAGACGUAAACGCCGUACUCAACAGUUGGUCGAGUGGCCUUGCUUCGCUUAUGGACCUCGUCACCAAAACCAAUCACCUCAUCAAUCGCGAAGAAAUGGUACACCGACACUUGCUUGCCACUAAUCCUUCGCAAGAGUGAGUUAUCUAUUUCAGUACAUAAUUAAUGAUUGCGCCGGUUGAUAAAUAAAACAAAUUUCUUCGAUUUCCA